AUGGAAAUUAUCGCAACCACAAGGAACACGUCCGGAGCGUCCACUUCCAAUGCUACUCAUCCGACCGAGUGGAGCUUAGAGAGUUUCUUACAGCAUCACCCAUUCAAAUUCAAUGGAAAGUGCCUUCUUGAUGAGGCAGAUCAAUGGCUGCGCGACAUGGAAAGAAUCUACAAUGCCAAAAGGUGUCCGGACGACAAUCGUUUGACAUUCACUGAGUAUCUGCUAACUGGGGAAGCCAGUCAUUGGUGGACGAGUAUGAAGGCGAUAUUAGCGGACGCUCAAAGUCCCAUUUCAUGGGAAGUAUUCAGAAGUAAGUUUUAUGAAGAAUACUUCCCAGAUAGCGUUCGUUUUGCCAAAGAAGUAGAGUUUCUCCAGUUGGUUCAAGGUGGAAUGUCCGUGUCAGAAUACACCAACAAAUUCAAACACUUGGUGAGAUUUAACACUAUGGCGACCAGUGAAGAAUGA